AUGGAGAUGCAGUCACAUGAUCGAAAAAUGGCGCCCUCCGGUGGUGCGAGGGAACAUCCCGUAAAAUCGGAAAGUAAACAGUCGAUUGUGUCCAAACCAGACGAGCAAUACGUUGUAUAUGCACGAAGAUGGUUCAUCCUUCUAGUUAUUGUCAUUUUGAAUUUAUCAAAUGCUAUGACAUGGAUUACAUUCUCCCCAAUAGCUGACCUCACCAGUACAUAUUAUGAUGUGAAUGCAUUCAAAGUAAAUAUACUGUCCCUCAUCUUCAUGGUGGCAUCUGUCCCUUUUGGUUUCACUGCCUCCUGGGUUCUAGACACUUAUGGACUGCGUACCAGUAUACUGUUGUCAGCCUGGUUGAAUGGCAUUGGAAAUCUUUUGAGAAAUGUGAGUACAUUUGGAGGUAUACCAGGUGACCUAAGGUUCUGGAUCCUGCUGGCGGGACAAACUUUAGCAGCCAUUUCUCAACCUUUUGUGAUGUUUGCACCAACCAAACUGGCGGCUAUGUGGUUUAUGGACUCUCAGAGAGCAACUGCAAACAUGCUGGCCUCCAUGGCUAACCCACUAGGAAUAUUAGCAGCUAACUUGAUAGCACCUGCAAUGGUCAAUGGAUGCAACUCAGAGGAACUUCCCAGAGCUCUCUGGGUAAUAUCCUCGCCAGCAUUUUUGGUAGUUAUCUUGGCUACUUUUGGAGUGUGUUCCUCUGUCCCUCCCACCCCUCCCACAGCCAGUGCAGAGGAGGAUUCAGAACCAUUUAAGGAGGGGCUCAAAAAGAUUGUGAAGAGCAGAAACUACUGGGUGUUGUGUCUUAGUUUUGGCACAGGAUUAGCAGUAUUCUCAGCAGUGACAUCAUUCCUGGACCAAGUCUUGUGUCCAAGAGGUUAUUCUAAUGACUUUGCUGGAUUGUGUGGAGCUCUGAUGAUUGUAGGUGGGGUAGUGGGGGCCAUUGUUGCAGGGAUAUACGUCGACAAAACCAAACGAUUUGAAGAAGUGGUCAAGGUGUCUUAUGCAAUAGCAGUAGUAUUUGGAGUUGGAUUUUUUGAGAUGGCCAGAUAUAAAGAUCAAGAAAUACUUAUAGCAGUGAUGGUGACUGCAUUUGGAACUUUUGCUUUUGCCAUGUAUCCAAUAUCUAUGGAAUUAGCAGUAGAAAUUACCUACCCUGUUGCGGAAGCAACAAGCUCAGGUCUUUUAAUUGUGUCAGGACAAAUCCAGGGGAUCAUUAUUAUUCUGGUGACCCAGUUACUGACCCAGCCUCUUUCUGAUUCCCAGUUAGCUGACUCAGCAUGUGCACAAGGAUCUGGUUGCAGUAGUAGUGCAUCAGAUUCCUUCACACCUCAAGACUGGACAGUUCCAGGACUUUUUAUGAAUGCCUUAACUGCGGUAGCUGCUUGUUCUGUAAUUUUAUUUAUGAAGGGAGACUACAAAAGACUGAAGGCAGAAAAACAGUUAAAUGCUCAGCGAGUCUUGAACCAGAGCUUAAGUAAUGUAAUAGAUGUCACCCUGGACGUCCACACGGGGGAAAAUGUGACAUAAGUGUCCACUUGCUUUAUAAUUUCAAAUUUUCAGGAGAAAUAAAUCAGGGAUGAUUUGGAAUAGUGCUAUGUGAUGCAUGAUGAAACUGUGCAGUUACACCAAAAGAUGUAGUUUUUGUGAUCAGAUUAUUUUCUUUGAAUCAAAGGAAUAUGUCAUUUAUAGAAUUUUACCAAUUCUUAUAUCUUUUGUAAUGUUAUCUAGAUAAUUUGUUUUUUUAGUUUGAGAUGUACAUGUGCAUGUGUAUAGUACCAAUUUAAAUUUUGAGACCUUUUUUCGAAAAACAAAUGCUGAUUUACUCAACGUAUAUAAAAGGCUACAUGUGUUGGGGAGGGGGGUGAAUGUUAACUGAUACUUGAAAAAAAGUAGGUUUCUGUACACAGUGUAGACAAGGUCUAUGCGGUAGACAUGUUCGAGAGUAAAUAACAGUUUUUAAUGCUAAAUUUUGAACAUUGAUGAAAAGUUUAAAUCAUUGCUUAAUAUGAAUAAUUAACAUACUUAACAUUUUAAGGCAAAAGAAAUUUGUAAGGAAGGGAGCACAACCUAACAGUACAGUCAUGUAAAAGCUAUUUUGACAAGGCUUUAUUCACAGAUAAAAUUUAUAAUCUUUUAAACAGGUGUUUUAGUGCUGACAAGAUCUUUACUUCAGUAGUGCUUGAUUUUGACAUUGGUGAUAAAUAGAAACUAUACCCUGCUCAAAACCCUUGCUACUCCCACCUCCAUUUUGGUGAGCAGCUGGCAACAGACACAGUCUGGCUAACAGAAGAGGUACAUGUAUGCAAUGUAUUUGACUAAACAGGGCAGUUAGUCUCUGCUUAACUACCCACAUCCUUGUCUUUUGAAUUCUGCCAAAAUUUCCCUAUACAUAUUCCAUUGAAAUGUGCACAAAUUUUACCCUAAUUAUCUGGUCAAGUCCCUUAAAGGUCAGUAGUUCUUAUCAUAUCAUUGACCUUCUAAACUGUCUCUCCUUGACACUGCAUGUGUUCGAUUAGUUGCUUUGUGAGAUGAAAGUUUUUUUUUUUAGUUUAAGGUACAAAAGCCAAAAAUUGCCUUCAAAGUUUAUGGCAAAAUAAGCUCAAUUUGAGCAAAAAAUAUAAUUUAGAAAAAUAAUUUAAUUACAAAAAUAAUAAUUCACUGGAAAAAAUGCUUAUAUUUUCCAAAAAACAUUUAAUAAUAUGGAUUCUGUUGUUUCUGAUUUAAAAUAUUGUUCAA